UCACUGUAUACCCUUAUAUAACAGCUGGCUGGCUGAUUAUUAACUACCAUAAUCUCACUCCUAUUCUGCUUUGCUUAACCUUAAUUAUGAUCGACCUGAAUGAAUUUUCCUCCUUCUUCAUCCCUCUCACAGCAGCUGCUUUAGCACUAAUCUUUGCCAUAUUCAUCGUAAGAAUCCAUGCCACAAAAUCCCCUCGCAAGACUAAAAAAUAUCCCCCAAUUGGUAGCUCCCACUUGCGCCAAAUACCCAAUUUUUACAGACUCUUUGACUUCAUCACUGACCUUUCACACAAAUAUAAAACUUACAGAUUGCCUUCUUUGAUUGACUUCAAUGGAUAUUCCAGAAAUGAGAUUUACACCACCGAUCCGCUAAAUGUUGAGUACAUCCUCAAAACAAACUUUCCAAACUAUGGCAAGGGAUUGUACAAUUAUAACAUUAUGACAGAUCUACUGGGUGAUGGGAUCUUCGUUGUAGACGGAUACAAGUGGAAGCAUCAAAGGAAAGUAUCAAGCUAUGAAUUCUCCACCAAGAUAUUGAGGGACUUUAGCAGUGUAGUUUUUAAAGCCACUGCUGUGAAGCUUGCUCGAAAACUUUCUGAAGCUUCAGAAUCAAACCGAUCCAUUGACAUGCAAGAUCUAUUCAUGACAGCAACCUUAGACUCUGUGUUUAAAGUCAUAUUGGGUAUAGACUUAGAUGGUUUGUCUAGAACAUAUGAGGAAGGCGUUCGAUUCACUGAUGCUUUUGAUAAAGCAAAUGCGAUUAGUACUUUUCGGUAUGCUGAUAUCUUUUGGAAGAUUAAGAGGUUCCUGAACGUUGGAUCAGAGGCUGAAUUGAGAAAGAAUAUUAAAGUGGUUGAUGAAUUUGUGUACAAGUUAAUUAAAAGCAAAAUUGAGCUACUCAAUAAUCCACACGAUGAUACACAACCUGGAAAGAAGGAAGACAUUCUGUCAAGGUUUUUGGAACUGAAAGAAACCGAUCCAAAAUAUUUGAGGGACAUAGUUCUCAAUUUUGUAAUUGCUGGCAAAGAUACCACUGCUACCACUCUUUCUUGGUUUUUUUACAUGCUUUGUAAGCAUCCUGAUAUACAAGAAAAGAUUGCAAAAGAAAUAAUAGAAGUAACCCAAGUGAGAAGUAAUUCAAGCAUUGAGGAACUUGCAGUCAAAGUAAAUGAAGAAACCCUUGACCAGAUGCACUAUCUCCACGCAGCUUUGUCUGAGACACUGAGGCUUUAUCCUGCAGUUCCUUUGGAUUCAAAGAUUUGUUUUUCCGAUGACACGUUGCCUGACGGUUUCAGUGUGAAUAAAGGAGAUAUGAUUUUAUAUGUACCUUAUGCGAUGGGUAGGAUGACAGCUUUGUGGGGUAAUGAUGCAGAAGAAUUUCGGCCAGAGAGAUGGCUCGAUGAAAAUGGUCAUUUCCAGCCAAAAAGCUCUUUCAUCUUUACAGCCUUCCAGGCGGGUCCGAGAAUCUGUCUAGGAAAGGAGUUUGCUUACAGGCAAAUGAAAAUUGUCUCUAUGAUCUUGCUUGGAUGCUACAAAUUCAAGCUCAACGAUGAAAGCAAACCAGUCAAGUAUAGAACUGCUUUGACUCUUCAUAUUGAUGGUGGCCUCUAUCUUCGCGUCUUCCCUAGAUCGAACCAUGACACCACAAUUAAUGCUUGAACUUCCUCCUACUGCUUUUGCCACUUGACUGAAUCAUGAAAGUAGAGAGCCAAUAAACCAUAUAUGUGUCACGUUUGUUUAUAUUGUUAUGCUUAGGUGAUAUCUCUAAAUCUUCAGUCAUCUGGUUGAAAGACAUUCUUGGAGAAGCAUUUCCAUUAUGAUACUAGUAAAACUAUCUCUACUAACAA